UGCGCGAGCCCACCGCGCCUGAUGAUGAGCUCCCACCUAACGUGGACGAGAUGAUUCUGCUGCCCGUCUGCGAACCAACAAGCACAUCAAUGACAAUGCAUGCUUCUAAAAAAGCGUCAAAGAAGAGUGAUAUGCGUGUGUCGUGCGAAGCCAUCCCCGAGGAGACGGGCACUUCGCCGCAGCCGCACCACGCGCAAGUGCCGCACAACCCGCAGGCGCCGCACAACCCGCUGGCGCCGCACAACCCGCAGGUGCCGCUCAACCAGCCCGCGCCGCUCGAACAGUCCCAGGGAUCUCAGAACCACCAUAAACCGCAUCCGCACCUCAUGACUUAUAAUUCAGAUCCAGGUGCGGUGGGGUCAGACACUGAAGUAGACGAUAACUCAAAUUCGGACGGCCUGAACGUUGUGCACGCGCACCAUCAACUGCAGAAGACGAGCAGCGACAGCACGGUGACGACGGGUGCGGGCGCGGGCGCGGGCGGCGCGGGGGCGGCGGCGGGCGCGGGCGGGGGCGGCGCGCACGACGAGCUGCCUCCGCUGGCGCGCUCCAAGCGCUCCAACACCAUCUCCGUUAUGAGCCCCACCGAGCGCGCGCGCUACCAGACCGCACGAAGUGAUGGACAGUAUUGUGAUUCACGCAGAAUCGCCCUAAUGGAUUUGAAUGUUGCUAAGAAAAAAGAAAACAGUUACGAGUAUUCCUACACUAUUUACUCGAUCUUGGCCUAA